AUCUCAGAAUCUCAGUAUCUCAGUAUCUCAGAAUUUCAGAAUCUCAGAAUCUCAGAAUCUCAAAAUCUCAGAAUCUCAGAAUCGCAGAAUCUCAGAAUUUCAGAAUCUCAGAAUCUCAGAAUCUCCGAAUCUCAGAAACUCAGAAUCUCAGAAUCUCAGUAUCUCAGAAUCUCAGAAUCUCAAAAUCAGAGAAUUUCAGAAUUUCAGAAUCUCAGAAUCUCAGAAUCUCAGAAUCUCAGAAUCGCAGAAUCUCAGAAUCUCAGAAUCUCCGAAUCUCAGAAACUCAGAAUCUCAGAAUCUCAGUAUCUCAGAAUCUCAGAAUCUCAGAAUCUCAGAAUCUCAGAAUCUUUUGAGUUUUUCAAUUUUCAAGUUACCGUCAAACCUGUAUUAGAAGAGCCCCCAACUUUCAACUUUGAGCUAAUUUAUCUCUGUUCCUGGAAGUGA